GGGGGAGGGGGAGGGAUCAGGGCCGAGGCAGGCCAGAAUCGACACCAUGCUAUCACCUUCACGAGGCCUUCCCUAUGCCCGUCAACAAAGAGUGACAGAUUUGCUGACGAGGUUCGUUUGCGAAGAUAUGAGGCCCAUUAACGUGAUGUAUGAUAGCGGGUUUCAUGCCUUCGUCCACGAGCUAGAGCCAAGAUUCGAGAUCCCCUGCUUCCAGACCAUCAGUGGUAAAAUAACGAAGCUGUACGACAAUCAAAGAUGGCAUUAGGGGAAUGCUGUGUGGAGAAAAACUCGGACUGACCACUGAUGGGUGGAGUUCUUUGGCUACCGAGUCCUAUGUUACGGUCACGGCCCAUUUCAUCGAUGAGGACUGGGAGAGGAGAAAUGUCUUCCUUGACACGUCUGAGCUUCAAACCGCUCACACAGCAGCGAAUGUCUCGACAUGCAUCGACAGUAUUCUACAAGAGUACCAAGUGGAGCGGCAGUCUGUGCUUGCCAUCACAACUGAUAAUGCGACCAACUAUGUCAGUGCUGUAGAGACGUACUGGAGGAUCACGGAUGUCCCGUGCAUGGCUCACACAAUUAACCUGGAUGUCCCGCAGCAGGUGAAAGACGUGCUGAAGCCGUUCAAAGUAGCCACCCGGGCGCUGUCAACAGAACACUACCCAACAGCCUCAGCGGACCUUCCCCUGCAGUAUGUGCUUCUGACACAACUAAAGCCCUCCAACGAUGAACCGGCAGGACUGAGAGAGAUGAAAACAAUGAUGUCCACUAUUCUGAAGGCGCGAUAUGGCCCCAACAAAGAUGCAUUCUUUGCACAGCCAGCUACGUUGACCCGCGUUUUGAACUGGCUGGUUCCUUUGGAACGAGCGUCGCGGCAGGCAGUGCGAGAUAAGGUUCAGAGGGAGCUUGCAGACCUCAGCGAGGAGUCAGGCGCGGAAGGCCAAGAUGAGAUCGCCACGACUACCGUGCCACAGCAGUGCAAGGAAAAGUGUGCUCUUAGUGCGAUGGUGGACCUCUUUGGCGAUGUUUACUGCCAAAACUCGGCCGGAGCAGAUAGACCGACUGAAGAUGUGCACCAAAGAGAAUUGAUGGCCUACGACAAUGAGCCCCCACCCCGUCUGACAGCAACCCCCUGUACUGGUGGAAGGAGAGAAGCCCCAAGUACCCCCAUCUCGCCCAGCUGGCACCCGGCUACCUGGCAAUAUGGGCGACAUCCGUGAGGUCUGAACGAGUGUCAUCCACCGCGGGGAACAUGGUCGCAACGCUCUUCCCUAGAGCCAGAAAAUGUGAAUCACCUGGUAUUUUUGGCGAAUAACUUAAUAAAGUCUGCAGCCAAAUAAACUGCAGCCAGCCAGAUCUUUAUGUGAGCGAAACAAUUUCUUAAUGGGCCAUUAAUGGUCGGUAGGAUGGGUUUUUGUUUUAGACCUACCUUUAUUUAUUUUGUCUUUUCAGUUUAGCCUGACUGGCUUAUUUGACUUUAUCUUUGAUGGCUUAUUAAUGUUUCUUUCGAUGAAACCGUAUUCAGUUUGUGUCUGACCUUUUUCAAUAAAAAAAGGUGCUGAAAGCAUCAUUGCCUGCCUAUUGACCUUGACUGAUUCACUGCCCUCUGGUGGACACAACAUAUACAACCUAAGUUUUUAUACCAUAGUCUUACUGGAGGCAUUUAAUGGUCCUGGUCUGACCCGGUCUGGACCGGUUCUGGUUUCACUUGGUCCUGGUCUGACCCGGUCUGGACCGGUUCUGGUUUCACUUGGUCCUGGUCUGACCCGGUCUGGACCGGUUCUGGUUUCCCUUGGAUCUGGUCUGACCCGGUAUGGACCGGUUCUGGUUUCCCUUGGUCCUGGUCUGACCUGGUAUGGACCGGUUCUGGUUUCCCUUGGAUCUGGUCUGACCCGGUAUGGACCGGUUCUGGUUUCCCUUAGUCCUGGUCUGACCCGGUCUGGACCGGUUCUGGUUGUGUCU